AUGCUAAAUACUUCCUUGGCCUCGAGAUCGCACGUACCUCUGCUGGCAUUUCCGUUUGUCAAUGGUUUGGAGUUACUUGAAGUCACUGGUUUCCUUGGCAGUAAACCGGCUUCUACACCUUUGGAUCCGAGUUUGAAGCUGAACAUGGAGAUGGGUACUGCUUUUCCUGACCCUACCUCUUAUCGAAAGAUCAUUGGUAAGCUUAUGUACCUUCACAUGACUCGACCUGAUAUUUUCUAUGCUGUGAACAUGCUUUGUCAGUUUUCUCAUGACCCGAGAGAUGUUCAUUUGAAGGCAGCUCAUCGAGUUCUUCGUUAUUUAAAGCGAACUGUUGGACAAGGUCUCUUUUAUGCUGCUAACUCUGCUUUUGAUCUCCGUGGUUACGCUGAUGCUGAUUGGGGAACUAAUACUGAUGAUCGGCGUUCCAUUUCUGGCUACUGCAUGUUCAUUGGUGACUCUUUGGUGUCUUGGAAGUCGAAGAAACAAGACACUGUUUCCUGCAGUUCUGCUGAAGCUGAGUUUCGAGCAAUGGCUUUUGCCACUAAGGAGAUGAUUUGGUUGUCUCGGUUACUGGUUUCCCUCAAGAUCCCUUUUCAGGAACCCACACACCUCUAUUGUGACAACACUGCUGCCAUUCACAUAGCCAACAACUUCGUCUACCAUGAGAGGACGAAGCACGUUGAGAUUGAUUGUUACAAGAUACGUGAGUCCAUUGAUUCUGGUUUUAUCAAGACUAUGUUCGUGGAUUCUGUGGAUAACUUGGCUGAUUGCCUUACUAAAUUGUUGCACCCGACUAUGUUUCAUGGUCUUAUACACAAGAUGGGUGUUUGCAACAUCUUCCAACCUCCAUCUUGA